AUGCUGGCCACCCACUUAAAAGAGCAUGCAAACAAAGGGAGUGGUCAUGUCAACUACCUUUCGUCUACGAUUUUCGAAGAACUGAUCAGAUGUAUGGGUGAUAAAGUACUUACUGAAAUAGUAUCCAGGAUAAAAAAAUCCAAAUAUUAUUCUGUGUCAGUGGACUCUACUCCCGACGAAUCUCACACCGAUCAACUAACUAUAGUUGUUCGAUACAUGGAAGGAUCGACGCCAAAAGAAAGAUUCCUCACCUUUUUACCAAACUGCGGUCAUACUGGCGAAGCCACAGCAAACGCUCUACUCAAAUUUUUAGGUGACCAUCAAAUAGACAUCAUGGAUUGCCGCGGCCAAUCAUACUACAAUGCUGCAAACAUGAGUGGCAAAUAUGCAGGCUCUUAUUCUGGAGAAAAAUCAUUUAUCGGCAUUUGUACCAUGUUGUGGUCAUUCUCUCAAUUUAGUAGGAAAAGCAGCGGCUAA